AUGGCUGAAAGCUUGAGAAUCACGGUUGAAAGGAACCCAUCAGAGGCACAACUUUUAGAGUUGAACAUCAAGUGCUGGCCCAAAUGGGGUUGCUCUCCAGGGAAAUACCAACUAAAAUUUGAUGCAGAAGAGACCUGUUAUUUGUUGAAAGGGAAGUUGAAGGCAUAUCCAAAAGGGUCAUCAGAGUAUGUGGAGUUUGGAGCAGGAGAUCUUGUAAUAAUACCAAAAGGACUCAGUUGUACUUGGGAUGUCUCUGUAGCCAUUGAUAAGCACUACAAGUUUGAGUCUCAUUCUUCUUCAUCAUCUUCUUCUUCAUCUUCUAAGUGGGUUUAUAGUUUCAUCACUACUACUGAUCAAUUCAAUUGUUAAUUUCCUUUCUAAUUCUUUUAUUUUUUUAAUAUGAGUUUUAUUGUU